AUGAAUUUUUCUAUUGCAAACAGCAUAAUGAUGCUAGUGAGCAUCUCAAGCCCGGCUAUGGCAGUAAUUCUCAAUGUCAAAGCUACUGGAAAUUCACAGAUAUUGCAAGUACCAAACCAAGAAAAAUCAUUCUCCAUUACAUGUGGGUCAGGUUUGUCUUAUGACAAGUCAUACCUCGAGAGCUCCGUUCAAGAAGGGCUUAGUAGUAUGAGGAGUGAUUCCAGAAGUCAGGCGGCGUACCCGAAAGAAAUUACCGAUUUUGUUUAUAAAGUUGGUGGAAAGUAUUGGAUAUAUCCUAUCCACCACACUCAUCAGGUUUACCAACAAGGCGAAGUUGAUGAUGACUUUGUUGUCUUUAAUAAUGAAGGUCUUAUCUUGGGAGGAUUGCACCUCGCCAAAACUAGCCCUCCUAGCAUUUAUCCGUGCAAAUUUCCCGACGGAACUGAGUUCAUGCCUUGA